AUGAGUAUAUUGAUAGAAACUACUCUAGGAGAUAUCGUCAUUGAUCUAUAUACUGAUGAAUGUCCUGUAACAACAAAGAACUUUUUAAAAUUAUGUAAAAUCAAAUACUAUAACAAUUGUCUAUUCUACAAUGUUCAAAAAGACUUUUUGGUAGAGACUGGUGAUCCUACAAACAGUGGUACAGGUGGUGAGAGUAUCUAUGGUCUAUUGUUUGGUCAAGAAGCAAAUCACUUCAAAGAUGAGAUCACUCCAAAACUAACUCAUCAUAAUAUUGGUACCGUUGCAAUGGCAAAUAAUGGAAAGAAUUUAAAUGCUUCAAGAUUUUAUAUAACAACAAGAUCAAAUAUCAAUUAUUUAAAUGAUAAACAUACAAUAUUUGGUCAAGUAACUGAAGGAUUGGAUAUAUUGAAUGAGAUUAAUAAUUGCUUUGUCGAUGAAAAAGAAAGACCUCUAAAGAAUAUAAGAAUACUACAUACUAUUAUUCUAGAUGAUCCAUUCCCUGAUUUCCCAACAAUGGAAAUACCAGAUCAAUCUCCUAAAUUUAAAAAAGAUGAAAAUGAUACACGAUUUGAAGCAGAUGAAGAUAUAGAUCAAGAAACAAAAGGAAAAAGUAAAGAAGAGAUUGAUGAGAUGAUGGAUGAAAAGAGUGCUCGUGGUAGAUCAGAGUUGUUGGAAAUGUUGGGAGUUUUGCCACAGGCCAAUGUUAAACCACCAGAAAAUGUAUUGUUUGUUUGUAAAUUGAACCCAGAUACGGAAUCUGAGGAUUUGGAAUUGGCAUUUAGUAAAUGUGGUGUUGUAAAGAGUUGUGAAAUCAUAAAGGAUCCUGUCUCUGGCGAGAGUCUUUGCUAUGGUUUCAUUGAAUACGAGUCAAAGGAACAAUGUGAAAACGCCUACAAAAAGAUGGAAAAUACUUUUAUCGAUGAACGUAGAAUACAUGUAGACUUUUGUCAAUCCAUUGCUAAAAUUAAACACAUGUAUGGUAAUGGAGCUGCAAACUUCCUUCAAGGUGGAAAAAGAGUAAAUAGUGCAAUGGUACAUCCAAAUCAUCAUCAACCAACUGGCACCAAAGGUUAUGAUUUUGUUUUCGAUGAUAAAGAACAAGAUGAUAGAUCAAAAAAGAAACAAAAGUUUGAUAAUAGAGACAAUGAUAGAAGAGAUAAUGACAGAAGAGACAAUGAUAGAAGAGAUGAUAGAAGAGAUUAUGAUCGAAGAGAUAACAAUGAUCGAAGAGACAACAAUGAUAGAAGAGAUAAUAGAGACGGUGGAAGAUACGAUAAUCGAAGAGAUAAUGAUGAUAGAAGAGACAAUGACAGAGACAGCGGAAGGAGAUAUGGUGACAGAGACAAUAAUAAUAGAGAUAGGGACAAUAGAGAAUACCGUAGAUACGAUGAUCAAGAUAGAAAUAGAAAUAGAGAUAGAGAUAGAAACGAUCAUGGUAGUAACAGUAGCAGUAGUAGAAGAUACAAUGAUAGAGAUAGAGACCGAUAA